AUUUAUCAUAACCUAUUUCUUUGUCCACAUCACAAUUUGUUUUCACCUUCAAUACUUUCACCUACAUAAACACUUCUCCCAUGGCAAUAUUUUUCUGUGAUGCCAAGUAGUAAUAUUUGCAUCUCAUCAGAGUGAUUCCAUGAUUUGGAAGCCAAAAAUGGUUCCAAUUUCCUUGUACCACCAUGUUAGUACAUGUGAGUGAGAGUGGUUGAUCACUGUUCCUAUCAAAGUUCACUUGAUUCAUUUAGUGUUUGAAGAAAGGUCACAGAGAAACUGACUUAGAACUACAACACUGACAAAGGGAGCCAUAUUUUGAUUGAUAUGACAAUAGAAGAAGAAGGUGGUGUUGGAGGAGAUGGUGUGAGGUCAAGGAAUGAAGGAAGGAGGAGUUGUUCAUCAUCAGCGAGCAGAGAUUUGGCCUCAGCAAGGUUUGAUGAGGCAGUGAGUAGAGAGAGUGAUGUGUUCCACAGAGGUGUAAGGGAAAUAGAAGAAGAGGAGGAGCUGAAGUGGGAGGCUUUGAAAAGGCUUCCAACAUAUGAUAGAAUGAGGAGAGUCAUUUUGAAGCAAGUUUUGGAUAAUGGAGGAGUGAACUAUGAAGAGGUUGACAUCACCAAGCUUGGAGUGCAGGAAAAGAAGCAUCUCCUUGAAAACAUAGUAGGAACUGCUGAAGAGAACAAUGAGAGUUUCCUCCAUAGGAUGAGGGAUAGAAUUGAUAGGGUAAGCAUUGAGAUUCCCCAGAUUGAAGUAAGGUAUGAGAACUUAUCAGUUGAAGGGGAUGCAUAUGUUGGAAGAAGGGCACUACCAACACUCUUCAAUUCUACCAUCAAUGCAAUAGAGGUAUUGGUGAAUUAUCUUGUAAGUCUUCUGUUUGGAGUUUUGGGAUUUCUUAAGCUUUUGCCUCAAAACACAAAGGUUGUGAAGAUUCUUCAAGAAAAAGUUGUCAAUAUUCUCAAAGAUAUUAGUGGAAUUGUGAAACCGUCAAGAAUGACUCUGCUUUUGGGACCUCCAGGAUCAGGAAAAACUACAUUUCUGAAGGCACUUGCUGGAAAAAUGGACAAUGAUUUAAGGGUAUCAGGAAGAGUCACUUACUGUGGUCAUGAAUUGUCAGAGUUUGUUCCUGAAAGAACAUGUGCAUAUAUCAGUCAGCAUGAUCUUCACUAUGGAGAGAUGACAGUGAGAGAGACACUGGACUUUUCUGGACGCUGCCUGGGAGUAGGAACAAGGUAUGAUAUGCUGGAAGAGUUGUCGAGGCGGGAAAUAGCAGCCGGCAUUAAACCAGAUCCUGAGAUAGAUGCUUUCAUGAAAGCCACAGCAAUGGAAGGUCAAGAAACAAGUCUUGUUACUGAUUACGUUCUAAAGAUUCUUGGAUUGGAAAUAUGUGCUGAUAUUAUGGUGGGAGAUGAGAUGAAAAGGGGCAUUUCUGGUGGACAAAAGAAGCGUUUAACUACUGGUGAGAUGUUGGCAGGCCCUGCAAAAGCAUUCUUCAUGGAUGAAAUUUCAACUGGUUUGGAUAGUUCCACAACCUUCCAAAUUGUGAGGUUUAUGAGGCAGAUGGUCCAUAUAAUGGAUGUUACCAUGAUAAUCGCUCUUCUGCAGCCUGCACCAGAAACAUAUGAACUGUUUGAUGACAUAAUAUUGCUUUCAGAAGGUGAGAUUGUCUAUCAAGGUCCCCGUGAGAGUGUUCUGCAUUUUUUCGAAAGUGUGGGCUUCAAAUGCCCAGAAAGGAAAGGAGUUGCAGACUUCUUACAAGAGGUAACUUCCAAAAAGGACCAAGAACAGUACUGGUUCAGAAGGGACAUUCCUUACCAUUAUGUCACAGUGCCUGAGUUUGUAGCCCAUUUCAAGAAUUACAGUAUCGGUCAGCAACUACAUGAAAAGAUUAAAGUUCCAUAUGAUCCUAAUGAAAGGCAUCGUGCUGCAUUGGUGAAGGAAAAGUAUGGCAUCUCCAAAUGGGAACUCUUCAAGGCAUGCUUUUCAAGAGAGUGGCUUUUGAUGAAGCGCAACUAUUUCUUAUACAUAUUCAAGACUUUUCAGAUUACUAUAAUGGCUCUGAUUGCCAUGUCAGUGUUUUUUAGAACAGAAAUGAAACAUGGUCAACUUGAAGGUGCAGGAAAAUACUAUGGUGCACUAUUUUUCAGCCUCAUUAAUAUAAUGUUCAAUGGAGUGGCUGAACUUUCAAUGACAGUCAUCAAACUUCCCAUUUUCUAUAAGCAGAGAGAUUUCCACUUUUUUCCAGCAUGGGCUUUUGCAUUGCCCAUUUGGGUUCUCAGAGUUCCUCUCUCUCUACUGGAAUCAGGAUUAUGGGUCAUCCUCACUUAUUAUACUAUUGGCUUUGCUCCUGCAGCUAGUAGGUUUUUUCGUCAGUUAUUGGCAUUCUUCUGGGUGAAUCAAAUGGCUCUGUCCCUAUUCCGCUUUAUUGCUGCAGUUGGAAGGACAAAAGUUAUUGCACACACACUUGGUUCCUUCACAAUAUUAGUUGUUUUUGUCCUAAGUGGAUUUACUGUUUCAAGAAAGGAUAUUGGACCAUGGAUGAUAUGGUGCUAUUAUAGUUCACCUAUGAUGUAUGGUCAUAAUGCAAUAGCCAUCAACGAGUUCCUAGACAAAAGAUGGAGUGCUAAAAAUAUUGACCCAAGGAUCCCUGAGCCCACAGUUGGGAAGGCUUUUCUUAAUGCUAGAGGCAUUUUUACAGAAGACUAUUGGUACUGGAUAUCUGUGGCUGCCCUUAUAGGAUUUUCUUUGCUUUUCAACAUUUUUUUCAUUCUGGCUCUAACCUAUUUGAAUCCGUUUGGAAAUUCAAAAGCUAUUAUAAUGGAAGAUGAAGACCAAAAGAAAAGCACAUUUGUUUCAUCCUCAGUAGAAAAUAUGGCAACUGUAACCACAGAGCACAGUUCAGCUUCAGUUGGCAAUUCGUUUGAAGGUAUUGAUAUGGAAGUAAGAAAAAGUGCUCAUAGCUCAAUUCCUAAAGCUCCAGUGAAUACAAAAUCCAAGAAGGGAAUGGUGCUGCCAUUCAGGCCUCUGUCACUUGCAUUUCAAGAUGUGAAUUAUUACAUCGAUAUGCCACUUGAAAUGAAGAAACAAGGAAUUGAAGAGAAUAAACUCCAACUACUUAGAGACAUAAGUGGUGCUUUCAGGCCUGGGAUUUUAACAGCAUUAGUUGGUGUAAGUGGUGCUGGGAAAACCACCUUGAUGGAUGUUCUUGCAGGAAGGAAAACAGGUGGUUAUAUUGAGGGGAGCAUCAGCAUAUCUGGUUAUCCCAAAAACCAGGCAACGUUUGCUCGGAUCAGUGGUUACUGUGAACAAAAUGAUAUACAUUCCCCAAACGUUACAGUCUACGAAUCGCUGGUGUUUUCUGCUUGGCUGCGUCUCAGUAACGAGGUUAAUAAGGAAACAAGAAAGAUGUUCAUUGAAGAAAUUUUAGAGCUGGUUGAGCUCCACUCAUUGAGGCAUUUUAUAGUAGGCCUUCCUGGAAUAAAUGGCUUAUCAACGGAGCAGAGAAAGAGGCUCACCAUUGCUGUAGAAUUGGUUGCAAAUCCUUCCAUUAUUUUUAUGGAUGAACCAACAACCGGUUUAGAUGCUAGAGCUGCAGCAGUUGUUAUGCGUACUGUCAGAAAUACAGUGGAUACAGGUCGAACUGUUGUCUGCACAAUUCAUCAACCAAGCAUUGAUAUAUUUGAAAAUUUUGAUGAGCUGCUUUUGAUGAAGAUAGGUGGACAAGUGAUAUAUGGUGGUCCCCUUGGUCGGAAUUCUCAGAAUCUUAUUGAGUACUUUGAGGGUAUCACAGGAGUUCCUAAGAUUAAAGAUGGAUAUAAUCCAGCCACAUGGAUGCUGGAGAUCACUGCUUCUGUUUUUGAGUCUCAACUUAAUGUGGACUUUGCAGAAUUAUAUGCUAAGUCAGACCUUUAUCAAAAGAACCAGGAACUUAUUCAGGAAAUAUGCACACCAGUACCUGGAACAAAGGACCUUUACUUUCCCACUAAAUACUCUCAGUCAUUUGUUUCUCAAUGUAAAGCUUGCUUCUGGAAGCAGAAUUGCUCCUAUUGGAGGAAUCCAGAGUAUAAUGCCAUCCGAUUAUUCGUCACAAUAGUUAUUGGUAUCAUUUUUGGACUUAUUUAUUGGGACAAAGGAAAAAAGACUGAAAAGGAGCAGGACCUGUUGAAUCUCCUUGGAGCUAUUUAUGCAUCAGUAUUUUUCCUUGGAGCCUCCAACACUAACAGUGUUCAACCUGUUGUAGCAAUAGAAAGAACCGUUCUAUACCGUGAAAGAGCCGCAGGAAUGUACUCAGAAUUGCCUUAUGCAAUUGGUCAGGUAGCAAUCGAAGUAAUUUAUGUUGGAACUCAGAGUCUAGCCUAUUCCAUUAUUCUCUACUUGAUGAUUGGGUUUGAACCACGUUUUGAAAAUUUUUUGUGGUUCUAUUACUUCAUAUUCAUGUGCUUUAUGUACUUCACACUGUAUGGAAUGAUGACUGUAGCUCUGACACCAAACUAUCAAAUUGCUGCAAUUGUUAUGUCCUUCUUCAUCAAUUUCUGGAACCUGUUCUCUGGUUUUCUUAUCCCAAGAACGCAAAUUCCAAUAUGGUGGAGGUGGUAUUAUUGGGGAUCUCCUGUGGCUUGGACUAUAUAUGGAUUGGUGACAUCCCAAGUUGGUGACAAAAAUAGUCCCAUAGAGGUUCCUGGCUUUGGAGUCAUGACAGUAAAAGAUUACCUUGACAGGAAGUUGGGCUUCCAGCAUGACUUCCUUGGAGUUGUUGCAUUAACUCAUGUUGCUUUUUGCCUCCUCUUCGUUUUAGUAUUUGCUUAUGGCAUCAAGUUCCUUAAUUUCCAGAAAAGAUAGUCAAUCACACAGGAAUGAGUAUGAAAUUGUUGAGCAGAAAGAUAUUGGUAGAGCUAUCUGUAGGACAAAGAUGCAUAGUUUUCAUCAUUGUUUAAGUUGCAAUUUGAUUGCUAUCACUUCUCGAUUUCCUUGAUUUGUAGGUGUCUCCUAAUUGAGGGGUUGAAUGUAUGUUUUUAAGUAAACCCAUACAUGAAAAAUCA